AUGCUCUCUCGGAAUUCAAAACUGUUUCAAAUUGCUGUGAGUCUCACGCGUCUGCUUUCCAAUUAAACACUCAACUUCAGAAACGAUCGCAUUUCUCCGCAGAUCCGGCUCGUUCUGCUCAGACGGAGCUCAUUCUCCUGCACGCCGGUCAGCCAUGGAACAAAUUCCACGCUCGAGAAUUUCUGAAAACGCGAUCUGCGCUGCGACUUCGAUUGCCAAACUUUGUGCACAGGUCAGAGUUUUCAGUAUUUUUUGACUUUAGAAAUUCAGUAUUCUUUCAGUGCAAUUACAAGUGCAAAACUGAUGAACAAUUCUCUGCGCGGGUGCAUUUCUGCUUAUCAAGAUGUUCCCAGUCUGGAAACGCAAGUGGACAGAUUGGCAGAACGAGUGGAAGAGUCCCUGGAAGCAGUUAUUCCGGAGUUCGGCCCGUUCCGAGUCACUCGCCUGUUCCAGUUCGACGAGAUUCCGUUCGAAACCAAAUUACAACAGAUCAACGCGUGAGUUUGACAAAGCCAGACUCUUUAUCCGACAGUUCGAAAAUCACAGACAUCGCUCGAGUCGAUUUAUUUUCAUGCCUCUUUACCCACACUUUUCGGGUGCCGACGGUGGGAUCCUUCUUGCUGAAUGUGCAAAAAUUAUCGAAAAGAGCUCUUGUGAGACACAUAAAACAAGAAUGUUCGCGUAAACAGAUUUCGUUUCAGCGCCUUUGGUUCAAGGAAACAAAAUCGUGCCGAACAGCCGAAUUGAGCAGAACUCUGACUACUCCUACGACGUUUCGGCAGUUUGGAGAUGGGAUAAUCACUCUAUUGUGGCUGAUGUGAGUCACGAAUUUCAAGAGAUACCCACAAUGAAACAUAUUUCCAGUAUUGGUCCUCAAAAAUCGCAAAGGAAUUGCCUCGCUUGGAAGGUGUCGUGUUCGCUGUACCAAGAAAGGUUCCCUCAGCUCAUAGUUCGGUCACUUAUCUGCACAUUUCUAGUUCUCCUGCAACUCCGCGCCAAUCUAUGCGACCUGCGAGCGCACUAUGAAUCAACUGGGAGACGUGCUUCCGUGGCGCCUCGGCUUCUACUCCUCCUGGGAUUCAUUCGACCUUCCGUCGUUUCAAAGCGUGACUUCCCAAGUGCAGAAGUUCAAGAAAAAGUCGGAAAGCGGCAGGAUUGCGGUUGUUCCGAUCACAGACGUUAUUGAGACUUUCGAUACAUUCUAUACCAUUCCCACGAAGGUUGAACACUUGGUAAGUCGAACAUUUGUCUUACAGCUUGAGAGAAGAAUUGGAAAUUGGCAGAAAAACGCGCUGGUUCUGCGACCGGAUCAAGAAUCGGAGAAACUGGUGCACGGAAUCUCGGAAGUCGUCAAGAAUCGUCUGCUCGGACGGAAAGAUCGCCAGUUAGAGGUGGCGUGUUCUCGGAAUCAGUUGCAAGCCCUGAGCAUCUUCCUGCAAUGA